AUGAAGCUUUUUUCGCGGCGAUCCGAGGAAGCGGCGGUAUCCCCUAGCACUUCCACAACGUCCGUGGCAUCCGAAUAUGCCAUGGACUUCCUCUCUGAGUCUCAGAAACGUGGUGUUGCGGGUCUCUGCGCAUGUCUUCUUCCUGCCGUAACUGAUGGUUCCACAUCACUUUCGUGGUCGAAAGCGUAUUUAAAACUGCUAAUUGAGCAUUUUGUAGAGCUCGAUAGUACUCAUACGGAGGCAUAUUUGCCCAUUUUAACUUCCAGAAAACAAGAAUUGGCUCAAAAAUCCCACGAACCUUCGGUCGCAACCGUAGCAGAACUUGAUCCAUCACCUUUUCUAGCCCUUGUGGUACCCGAACAAGAUGCAGACGCUUCAAAUGCUUUCAAGCGUUGGAAAAAGAAGCUAAGACACAAAGCAGAACGGGAAGGCUUUGAGGUCUCUGAAUUAGUAACGAUUGAGAAAUUCCGGCUGGAAAUAAUUAAAAAACUUUUAUGGUUUACAGUGAAAAGUGUCGGAUAUGAUGCCAGAAGCAGAACUUUAUUGAGACGUUUGGUAUUAGCAAUGGAGCUGGUUUGGAGUGACGUAACUAAAGAAGAGAUUGAGAUUGGGCAAACUUUGUAUGCUGAGGCCAUAGCAAUGCCGUUGGAAAAGGUGGUGGCCAAACCGAAAAUUACUGACUGGAAACGAAAUGCUGCAAUUGGAGCCGCCGCAAUGACAGGAGGUGCAUUGCUGGCGGUGACAGGAGGGCUUGCAGCUCCUGCGAUUGCAGCAAGUUUGACAGCUUUAGGAGGUGCAGGAAUUACUAUUGGUACGGCUGUAGGAUCAGCAGCGGGAGUCACGGCCACGACAGUUCUGUUUGGUACAGCGGGAGCGGGAGUAAUGGGCAUGAAAGCUGAUACGAGGACGAGAGAUGAUGAGGAUCCACCUGUCAAAGGAUUUCGUCGCGCGUGGGGGGAUAGUCGAGAAUACUUGCGUGCGUUCUAUCGACAGAAAAAUCCGGAAAAGGUUGAUCAAGUGGAUCAGGUCAUGACCCGCUAUAAAGGACGAGAGGACGAAUUUUUUGCCAUUUUGCGACGAAAGUACAAUAUUGAAUCAGGAAGUCUGGAGGAUGAUCCGUUAGCGAUUGCCGAUAUGUCCAAGAUGGCAUUGGCGGACCAAGACGCUCGCUACAGUGACUUUACAAGCUUAAAUAGUGAUUCAAACGCCAUUUCCAGCAGUCAAAUAGAAAGCAGUGGUACAUCUUCGGUUUGGGAGCUAGGGACAAAGCAUGAGCCACUCCGUGCAUGGCGAUGGAAAGACCGCUUUCCUCAAGGCGAUCAAUACUGUUUAAUAUGGGAGGAAGCUGGUCUCCGACGGUUCGGAAAAUCCAUGCGUACAUUUGCAGCCGAACAAGUGUCUUCAUACGCAACAACUGAACUUGUGAAGUACACGGCCCUUGCGGCGUUGUUCGCAGCAGUGGCCAUUCCACGCGUAAUUCUUCGACUAGCUGAUAUUAUUGACAAUGUCUGGACAGUCACAAUGAAUGCUGCAGAUUCUGCUGGUAAAUUAUUAGCUGAUGCGCUACGAAAACGUGAACAGGGUCUACGUCCGGUAACGUUGGUGGGGUACGGCAUGGGCGCAAGGCUGAUCUUUUCGUGUUUGAAAGAGCUGGCAAAGAGCGACUCGAUUGACCUGUCUUGUGGUAUUGUAGAAAACGCAAUAUUAUUGGGGUCUCCUGUACCAAUGGCACGGGAUGACUGGGGCAACGCUCGUCGUGUGGUUUCAGGGAGACUUAUUAACGGAUACUCUGAAAAGGAUUGGAUGCUUGGUGUGAUGUACCGCUACCAAGGGUGGGCAUUAAACUCGGCAGGAAUUGCACCAAUUGACAUUGCUGGAAUUGAGAACGUGGACUUGUCAGAAAUUAUUGGUGGUCAUUUGGAGUAUAAAAGCAAAAUUGGUGCAAUUAUGGAUCUUUUGCAGUUAGAGGGAUAG